ACUCGCCCAACAAUUUUUGAGGGUAGUCUAAACGCCAACGUAAAACACGACCCAAGUUUCAUUGAUACCCUUAAAUUGAAUUAUGCGUUCCACACUGCCAUCUCGAAAUCGAAUUGCAAGCAAUCAUAUCCGCUCAAGUGCGAAAUUGGCCUGUUGAACAACGAAUAUAUAAGACAGAAUAUCCAGCGGCAUCUCCAGACAGCCUCGUUGUCCACAGCGAACACGUUCUUAAACCGACGAACCAUACAAGCCAUCUCCAACAAGGGAACAAAUUUUCAUUUUACUCCACCAUGUAUCCGACAGUGACAGUGAAAGGUUUUUCUGGAUUGAUAGUGGUAUUUUUAGUUGUUUCUGAAGUGAAGAGUUUCAUUUUCCAAGACGACGGAGGUACAGAUUUCUGUGCCAGAGGAGUUGAUUUGCAGGAAGCAUCUUGCAACGCCUUACCAAAAACUGAGUUGGCAGCUAUUCGGCAGAAGGCUUUGCUCAAAGAAGGCAGAACAUUUCAGAAUGAACGUUCCAGAGAAGUUCGACAAACACGAAUGAAUGCUGAAAGAUUCAGAAGCAGUUUGGGAAGAGUACGUUCUGAUGAAGCUGAAAGGCUCUUCAGAAGAGUUGGGAAUAGUAAACAUAUCGAUAAUAGAGCUGAAGGAUCAUUCAAUCGACGAACAAUAAGAUCAGCUGAUAGAAAACGUUCAUAUGAAACUGAAAGGAUUAUCAGAAGAGAAGAGGGAAGUGGACGCCUCGAUAAUAGAGCUAUAAGAUCAUUCAAUAGAGAAACAAUGAGAUCAGAUGGGAGACGGGAUCAUCGAGUUAGUGCCAGAACAUCUGAUAUAAGAGUUCGAAGGGUUUAUGUUCAAGCUGAGAGAUCUGAUCAAAAACGAGCAGUAAGAGAUAUACGAGAUGGAAGAUCAGUUGGUAGUCAAGGUGAGAUGUUCGAAAGAAAUUUUGCUGAAAGUAAUGGUUAUUCUAUAAACGGCAACAUUCGUUUGAGUAUUCAAAGAAAAAGGGAUUUAGAUACAAGAAACGAAAGAAUACCUACAGUUAACAGUGUGAGAAUAUCUUCAGGUCAUAUAAGGCAAGGAAAAAGGUUUUCUAGAGGCACCCCAUCUCAAAGAGAAAAUACUUUGGAUACCAGAUCUGAGAAUUUAUCAGCUUCUCGAAGGUAUACGGAAAAUCAUGAAAGAAUUUCUAAUAAAAGAUUAUCUAAUGCUGGUAGAGAGAUCCUAGGAGAUACUGCAAGGAACCAAGAAUCUACUCGUCGUCUUUUCGAUUACGACAAGAAUAUUGGAAGAAUCCGAUCUGCUGUGGUGAAUAUGGAUAGAAGGAAUUAUGCCAAAUCAGAACCCGAGUCUCGAGUUAGCAGUAUUGCCGCCAGGGGAAAUUCGAAUGAGAAGAACUUGCGAAGAAUUGUUCAAGAACCACGAACUACUGAAGGAUCGAGAAGGGAAGGCUACAGCAUCCGCAGAAUCUAUUCAUCUUCCAGAUCAGGUUAUGUUGAGAAAAUUCCUCAAAGUUCAAGGCAGGAGCGUCUGAGAAACGUUGAAUCAACACCCGAGGAGAGAAGAACAAGAGAUUCAUCCAGGUCUGAAGUGAAUCGAAGGAGUUCCGAAAGGUUACGCGAGUUUGGGAAUGAUAGAAGGCAACGACAGAACUUUGAGCUCAGGAAAAGGGAAACCAAUACUGAAUAUAGGUAUAGGGUAGAUUCAACACCAUCGAAGACAACUAUUAUUGCACGAAGAUCGCGUUCGAUCUCCUCUAGGACUAGGAGAGAUGUAGAAGAACGUAGAACAACAAAAUCUGCCUCUACCUGGAAAAGAGAAAUGGAAGAAUCCCAGAGAAAUGAAGUUGGUGGUACCAGAAUCUCAACAAGUCCUUAUAAAUCGAGGGAAACUUUGAUUAGAGACUUGAAAACCAUUUCUCAAGAAUCAUUUAAUUUCAGAAGGAUGAAUAUUUUCUCUGAAAGAGAUACGGAAAACGAUGAAGCUAGACAUAGGUUGAACCGGAUUAACUAUCGCAGAAAUGGAGUAUUUGAGGUUAGGAGGUAUCCCGGUAGAACCUUCGAUUCAAGGACAUUGGAAUCGUUUAAAAACUUGGAAUCUCUCAACAGAAUCUCAAGAGAACCACGAUCCCAAAGGAUGUGGAGUAGCGCAAAGAAACAAACUGAGGAAAAACUAAGAAUUGUAACUAGAACUACGAGAAGAGAUAACAGGAGUUUGAGAAAAACGAACAACUUCGAAGAAAUCAGGCGUUUUAGGAUGCAGCAAUCUGUAGUUGAAAAUCUCCGAAGAUCAGAUUCUAGAAAAACCCCUCUAAGGAAUCUCAAAGUUGUAGCUUCAAGAGAUCUAUUCAAGGUUGAUGGAUAUACCACGAGUGUUCCAGAUACUCAAAUGAAAAGACGUAUGGCUAGUGACCUUUUUGUUUCAAUCCCAUCUGGGGAAUCCCUUGGCGAUAAGGCAUUUGGUGAUUGGCAAGGCCCUUUCCAACUAACAUUAGCGAGCAUCUUGGUUGGACAGUUGUUACUCUUCAGUGGCGACAAUGGCAAAAAAAGGUGUUUACUUGGAAGUUGGAUGAGCAAAGUACAAAUUUUCUAAACUCUUCUGCAAAUGAAGGAAUAGGCUACUGGAAUUGACCCGGCAUCUUUAUAGGAUUGAUAAUCAACUGGAACCUAUAUUAUAUCAUUGUAGAUAGUAGGUAAUGACGUAAUAGUCUGACAUGCAAAUGAGUUUGUUGUUAUAGUUAACAGUUAAUGUUAUCAAAGAGCGAAUAAAGAUUAGUUAUUGAUGAA